AUGGUGAAGUUAGGCUAUAUCGCGGAUAUUCAAAAGAUUCUUAAACAUGAAAAUAUUGAAGCAGACUUUUUUGAUCAAACCAUUCCAGAACCCACCUCAAGUUCUAUUGAAGCUGGGGUUCAGUUUAUUCAAGCACAUCAAUAUGAUUCAAUUAUUGCUGUGGGUGGUGGUAGUCCGAUUGACAGUGCAAAAGCCAUUGGCAUCUUAGGUCGCUAUGGUGGAAAAAUCCGAGAUUAUAAGUUCCCUAGACAAGUCAAUGAACAAGGCUUACCAAUUAUUGCUGUUCCAACAACAGCAGGUACAGGUUCUGAAGCAACCAAAUUCACGAUCAUUACCGAUGAUGAAAGUAAUGAAAAAAUGCUCUGUGUCGGUGCUGGUUUUAUGCCCAUUGCUGCGAUUGUGGAUUAUGAACUGACGUUAAGUUUACCUGCCCGUACCACAGCAGAUACGGGUAUAGAUGCUUUAACCCAUGCGAUUGAAGCCUAUACCAGCAAAAAAGCCAAUCUAUAUAGCGAUACUCAAGCAUUAGAGGCCAUGCGCUUAAUUGGCCCAAACCUUAAAAAAGUCUAUUUUGAUCCAAAUGAUGAAGCUGCCCGAGAAGCAUUGAUGCUGGGUGCAACAUUGGCUGGUGUGGCUUUUAAUAAUGCAUCUGUUGCCUUAGUUCAUGGCAUGAGUCGGCCUAUUGGCGCGUUUUUCCAUGUCCCGCAUGGUUUAUCGAAUGCCAUGUUAUUGCCCAUGAUUAUUGAAUAUUCAAUACCUGCUGAACCUGAAAAAUAUGCGAACUGUGCCAAGGCCAUGGGGGCAGCGCAGCAAAAUGAUUCUAUUGAAUCUGCCAAUGCCAAGUUAAUUGAAGCAUUAAAAGACAUUAAUACAUCCCUUCAAGUGCCAACUUUAGAAGCUUUUGGAGCAGAUAAGCAAUAUUUUGACGAAGUUGUAAAUACUAUGGCAGAACAAGCACUUGCUUCAGGCUCACCAAGUAAUAACCCUCGUCUUCCAACCAAAGAAGAAAUCGAGAUCUCAAUGAAUACAAUCGGGCAUUUUAUUAAUGGACAACUUUCAACAGAAGCAAGUCGUAGCCAAAAAGUAUUUAAUCCAGCAACAGGUGAAUCAAAUUCUCAAGUGGCCAUUGCCAGCCAAAAAACGGUACUUGAUGCAAUAGCGGCAGCAGAAAAUGCCUUUCCGGCAUGGCGUGAUACCCCAGUGAUCAAACGUGCGCGAGUCAUGUUUAAGUUUAAAGAGUUGCUGGAAAAAAAUGCCGAUAAAAUCUGUGAGCUGAUUGGUUUAGAACACGGUAAAAUUUGCCAUGAUGCAGCUGGGGAAUUACAGCGCGGGAUUGAAAAUGUUGAAUAUGCUUGCGGUGCACCCGAAUUUUUAAAAGGUGAAUUCUCCAAAAAUGUUGGGCCGAAUAUUGACUCUUGGAGUGAAUUUCAACCUUUAGGUGUCGUUGCAGGAAUUACCCCAUUUAACUUUCCUGUGAUGGUGCCACUUUGGAUGUUCCCAAUGGCAAUUGUCUGUGGCAACUGCUUUAUUUUAAAACCUUCUGAGCGUGAUCCAUCUUCAACAUUAUAUAUUGCUCAAUUACUAAAAGAAGCUGGACUUCCCGAUGGUGUCUUUAAUCUGGUCAAUGGCGAUAAAGUUGCAGUAGAUACACUUUUAAAUGAUCAGCGUAUUCAAGCGGUUAGUUUUGUAGGCUCAACACCAAUUGCUGAAUAUAUUUAUAAAACGGCCACAGCUGCCGGCAAACGCUGUCAAGCUUUAGGUGGGGCAAAAAAUCACGCCAUUAUCAUGCCCGAUGCAGAUGUUGAUAAUGUGGUGAAUUCCCUCCUUGGUGCUGCUUUUGGUUCCUCAGGUGAACGGUGUAUGGCGCUUUCUGUUGCGGUUGCAGUCGGUGACGAAAUUGCAGAUACCGUCAUUGUUAAACUUCAAAAUGAAAUCAGUAAAUUAAAAUUCGGGCAUUAUGCUGAUAAAAAUAAUGAUUUUGGACCUGUGAUUACGGCUGAACAUAAAGCUAAAGUGAUUGGUUUUAUUGACAGUGCGGAGCAACAAGGUGCAAAAAUUGUUGUGGAUGGCAGACAAGCAAGCGUUGGCGAUUAUCAAAAUGGUUUUUUUGUGGGGCCCACUUUAAUUGAUCAAGUUACCGCGAAUAUGCAUAGCUACCAACAGGAAAUUUUUGGCCCAGUCUUACAAAUUAUGCGGGUAGAGACCAUGCAACAAGCCAUGGAUCUGAUUGAUAACCACGAGUAUGGUAAUGGAACAUGCAUCUAUACCCGUGAUGGAGAAGCAGCACGUUAUUUCUCAGACCAUAUUAAAGUAUGGUGGGUAUCAAUGUUCCUUUGCCAGUACCUGUCGCUUAUCAUAGUUUUGGUGGUUGGAAACGUUCACUCUUUGGUGAUUUGUAUGCGUAUGGUCCAGAUGGUGUACGUUUUUAUACACGUCGAAAAACUAUUACUCAACGCUGGCCUUCUGCCAACAUUCGAGAAAACAAACAAUUUUCAAUGCCGACUUUAA